AAAUCAUUUUCGAAUAUUUUCGUGAUUACAAUACUACAUUGCCAGUAGGCAUGGGAAGUAAAACAGAAAGUUGUUUCGAACAUAUAGAAUUUUGAAAUCAUACCUUCUGUAUAUCUCUGUUUGUAUUUGUAUCUGUUUAGUCAAAACUACUAGAGGACAUGGGGAUUUGUAUCGAUAUGUGCUUAAUUCCGAAAUAGAGUUAAAUGCCUAUCUACCUUUUAAAAAAAUCUUAACUUAUGCUGAAAAAAUAACAUGGAAAGGAAGUCUUCUAAUUAUUUACGUUGAUGUCACAGUUAUUUUUAUACGUUCUCCUUCAAAUACGUCUCUGUACAAGUAUUCCUUCUGUUACAGGUUGUGAAUGCGUCGUGUUCUCAACGACGUUCGGAAAGGAGAAAGGGACAUUCAAGAGCCCGGACUUUCCAAAACCCUACCCGCCAAACAUCGACUGUCUACUCUACACCUUUGUCGGUAGCACGGACGAGAUCGUACAACUCACCUUUCAGGAGUUUGACGUCAAGAAGUCGCAAUCUGAAAAAUUCUAUUGUGCUUCAAACAUGAAGUAUUGAUAAACGAUUCACCAAAUACUGAUACACAUGAUGAUACGAAAGAAGUCUACAAUUAAUUGGCUUCUAC